AUGUUUUCCAACCGACUAAGACAAACAGCAAGUAGAAUCGCUCCCAGACUGCACCAGAAAAGCUCCUCAUCACCGUCAGCGGCAGCGAUUGCCAAACGAUGGCACGGUGGACCACAUGUUGCAGCAGAUGCUCCCACCAUCACCGUUACAUUCCUGCAGCCCGAUGAAACAAAGAAAGAAGUUGCUGCUAGAAUUGGGGAAAGCUUUCUUCAAGUGGCCCACCGUAAUGAUAUUGAUUUGGAGGGUGCCUGUGAGGGGGUCUGUGCGUGCAGUACUUGCCACCUUAUCUUCCCAAUGGACGUCUAUGAUGCUCUCGAAUAUCCAGAGGAGGACGAGGAAGAUAUGCUGGACAUGGCGUUUGGUUUGACUGAGUCAAGUCGGUUAGGGUGUCAGGUGCUGAUCUCGGAAGAGAUGGAUGGUAUCAUGGUGGAAAUGCCAAAGGCAACGCGAAAUUUCUACGUUGAUGGUCAUGUUCCACAACCCCAUUAA